GUGUUGGGCAGUAGGAGGAGGGUUUGGAGAAGUUACGCAGUUACCUGCUCGGUGUCCGGGGGAGCUCGGGUCCUGGCGGUGUCCGGGGGAGCUCGGGUCCUGUCAGGAGAGCCGGCUAUGAUGAAAGGGAGGGAGCAGAGGAGCAGCCCUGCACGCACUGUCCAGAGUGGGGGAGAGAUAAAGAGAGCUACUGCUUGCUCUCCAGCCCCGGGGUGAAAGGUGUCAGAGAGCGGUCCCGGCUGCCGGAGGAGUGGGGUCCCGGCUCCUGUCAGCUCUGGGGGAGGAGGGUCCGGCUCCUGUCAGCUCUUGGGUAGAGGGGGGAGGAGGGUCCGGCUCCUGUCAGUGGGGAGAGUGGAGAAGCUGUCAGUUCCAGCCGGGGCGGGAGAGGGAGUCCCGGGGGCUGUCCCCGCUCACAACAGACCUUAUCGCAGGAGGAGAGCUUCCUGGGUCCCGUCAGCUCGCCUGCCACAAAGUGCCCCGCGCUGGCUGCUGUCAGGACUACGCGCGAGGCGAGGCUGAACCUUUUUGACCCCUCGCGGCCCCCAUCCUUCCUGAGGGAGAGUUUACUGAGAAAGAAAAAAAAAUGGAAUCUUCUGCGCGAGGAACAGCUAUCUCUGCUAAGCCCGAGCAGCCGCGCGCCGAUACACUCUGCGAUUACCAACUGUAGGCUCCGAUCGACCAAUCCACGCCCGAUUGCUCUAGCCUGCUCGGAACGGGGAAGUGCGUGUUUCUUCUGUUAUUACAUUUUUGGAGACCACGUGAGUCUUUUUUUCUUUCUCAGGCUCCUCCUUGUUCAGUGACAUUCUAGAGUCUGUGUUAACAACACGGCUAUUUUUAGCCCAUUGGGUUACUCCUUAACCCAAUCAAUGACAGGGCGAGUAUAGUUAAAGGUCCAUGUGAACUUUGACGCCUUCAUAAAGGCACACACGUGACCAUGUAUUGUAUGUGGAGCAGGGCUGGCUGCCCCUUGGCAGUGCAACUCCUGUAUGGACUGUGGUUCUCAUCAUCCUUCAGCUACAAGAGCCCACCAAGCAACAAGAACUGCAGUACCAAAAGUUCUCUCUCUCUCUCCCCUCCAGAGACAUACUUACUGCUUCACACACACCUGGCUAUUGCUAUCACCUCCAGCAGGGGUAGAUGCCCAGCUGCUUUACAGCUGCAACUCUUCUUUUGUCUGUUAAAGCAUCAUAGGAGUUGUAGUUCUACAACAGCUGAAGGCCUUUCUUUUGGCUACUCCUGACCUGCACAGGGAGACUUUGUAGGUACUAGGCAUUAAGAUUUCAAUACAAAGCUGGGGAAAAGCUGUUCAUUGCAUAAUGCAUUGCAGUACAUCCUUUGUCAUGAUCUGGCAGAGCUCCCCGCAUUGAGAGCAGGCUGACUGAUGGAAAUGGUAUAAAUGUGCAGUCAUCAUAGCUCUGGGGGCGUACGGAGGGAAAGUGGGUCAUGCAAUAAAAACAAAUCGGCCUGAUUUCCCAGCUACUUGUAUUCCUUCAGUUUGGUUGCCUUUGGAAUACUUUUCCUCUACUGCCCCCCAAUGGUUUGAUUUGGUCUCUGCGCCCUCUUACAUUCCUGGCAGGUAAAGUGUCAACGAGCAAAAAGUUGAAAAAAAGCUUUGCUUUUAUUCCAGUUUAUGAUUGGUUGAAUAAAACAUAAAGGGGGCGUUUAUUACCUCCAAUGACAACCACCGCCCAGCCACCCACCAAGCAGGGCUUAGUCAGAAACAAAUCUGAAGUCAAUGACGUCAGCCUCUCCUUCCAGUCACUGCAAUGCCUGUCCUAGAUAUACAAUGCAAGCUGCAUUUAAAUCACAUUAACAGUCACCCUUCAAUUUAUGUUCUUUAUUGGAGAUCAGAGUGAAAUCAUGUAUGUUUAUCUCUGUUAGGGUUAUUAACUAACGUACGAAUUGAGGAGAAACUCAAUGUGAAUUUUCAAAAUGUAGGUCAGUAUAUCCAAAAAAAAAAGAGAAAUACAUUUCCAAGUCAGCUGUUUUCAGCUUGGCUAUUGUGGUCUAGAAGAAGGGUAGGCAACCUUCAACACUCCAGAUGUUGUGGACUACAUCUCCCAUAAUGCUCUUACAGCCAAAAACGCUGGCAAACCAUCCAAUUCCCCACAAGUUACAUUUUAGUAAGUAACCCUAUCUGCCAGUUUGCUCCUCAUUCCCUCUAAAUGCAAAUUCUUUAGAGCAGGACUCUCAACCCCCUUUGAUGCUGUGCGUCCAAUUAGUCUUGUUGCCUUUACAGGUCUGUUAGUAUUGUACAGCGCUACAGAAUUUGUUGGCACUUUAUAAAUAAUAAUAAGUCACUGUUAGAGUACCCCAUGGAGACAUUAUCACAACAAAACAAACCGCUCUUUGCCCCCAAUUCCUAAAUCAUUAUGGUAAUGCCAACCACUCGCUAUAAAGCGUUUGCUCUUUUCCUUCUGAGCCUGAGCUUUAUGAAUAAUUUAGUUCAAAGCUGAUCCUAAGUCUCAGUGGGGAAAUGAACAGGGAUCCCGCAAUCCCGCAUGGAGGACCCCUUCCUGAUUCGCUUGCCUGUUUUUUUGUUCGUUUUUUUUUUUUUCUUCGCGACUGACCAACUAGCGCCUGCUUAAAAAAGUUCCUAUAGAUCGGGUGUGCGCACUAACACUCUUUGAUUGUGAGUGAAAGUACUGGUUGUAACAUCGCUUUUGAGUUAGAAGAAGAUGUUAAGCCGCACGGUGCGCCCGCCUUUAACUCUGUUGCUGUUGCUUUCUUUUCAGGCAUCGCAGCGGGCAGCCCGCAGGAAGUUCCAGGAAGUGAAGCUGCUCUGAGGACCCCGUUGCUGUGCGGCGGCUGUUGCGGUGUAUCCUGACGGGCGGGCGGCCAGUCAGUCGGUCGGUUGGUUACCGAGGUGAUAGUAGUACUGUUGUUGUGGCGGCUCGCUCUCCGGCCUGUGGCCGCGGGAGGGAUUGAGGAGCCCGGAUUGGGGCGGCCGGUCAGUCUCCGUUGGAUUGUUAUUGUUGUGUAUCGGGGACCAUGAGCUCGGCGGGGGUGCUGUCCCCGGCCGCCGCCGCUGCCACCGAUUACUACGAGGAGGAGGAGCUGGAGAGCGCGGAGGAAGAGGAUGACCGCAGCUUUCGAGGACGGGAGUCCGAUGAGGGUGAGCUCCCGGGAGACAGGACUACAUGGAGGGGGGCGGGGGGCUUAGCUGUGCUCCUACCCCAGGACAUCGGCUAUUUACUAAAUCCCGAAUGGCGGAGACCUGGCAAGGAAAUGUAACUCAUAGAAAUAUAUCUAUAUAUAGGCCAAACAUAGCCUAAUUGGAAUAUCACUAUUUUGGUUUAAAAGAACACUGAACACCAGGGGAACUACAGUAGUAGGCUGUGCUGGUUAUGGUGUUACACAGCUGAAAAGAGACAUGCGUCCAUCAAGUUCAGCUUUUCCCAUAUUUAUUUUUGCUGUUGAUCCAAAAUAAGGCACCAAAAAAUCCAGUUUGAAUUUUGCAACAAACUAGUAAAAAAAAAUAAUCAGAUCUCUCCUUGGAUCAGCUAUCAGUACUUUCCUACAGAAAGAGAAGUCAAACCAUUGUAAAACAGUUUGGCACUUACCUGGUAAUUCAGGCACAAUGUUGUGUGAUAUCACUAAAGUGGAAGUUCCCAUUUCAAAUUUGGUGUAUCAGGUUUGUCUCCAGUAUUGUGCCAACUGAGACUGUUCUCAGCCAAUUAAUGGUAUCCAAAUCUGGACAAAAUUUAUCCAGAGUUGAUAUUAGACAUUCCGUUUUAGUGAUAUAAAAUAAAACAUAAAGAACUGCAUGUGCCCAGGUAAGUGUCAAGCCAUUGAAAAUAAGUGUUUUUAUUCCUUAGUGUGGAAUAGUGCCAAGGUUCCUGCCACCAUAACCAGUGCAGCAACCUGUAGUGGCUAGGGUGGCUUUUCCAGCUUGCACAACACUUUUAUGCAGGAAUGCAAAAAGUUGAUGUGUUGUGCAGCGUGUCAUAUGAAGCUGGAGUUGCAUAUAUGAAUGGGUUAACAUGAUUGCAAAUCGUAUGAACAGUGUUGAGACAUCACUAUAAUGAUAUUUGAAUGUUCUUCAUUUUAGAUUUUAGAUUUUUAUGCACUGUGAGUGAAAAUAUAGCAUUCUAAAGUCCCAAUUGUAAUUAAAUAUGCCUUGGUUUUAUAUAUAUAUAUAUAUAUAUAUAUAUAUAUAUUUGGGGAGUAAGAGUUGUAAGGACCUUGACGGUAAGCAGGAAGGUUUCACACAGUAGCUAUAGAUUAUUUUAACAUGCAAAAUGACCAUUGACUUGUCAUACAUCUCAUGGUAUACGUUAUAGGGAUUUGCCCUAUUCUUAGUCUAUGGUGGUUUGGUAAAUCGUAGAAUGAUUGUUACGGAGCAAGACAAUGACUUACACUCAACAAAUACACUAUGCCAUGACAUUUUGUAAAAAAACUAUUUAUAACUAAAAACUGCAAUUGUCAUAAUGUAUUCUGGCAUUCUACUCGGCAAACUGUAUGCUUGUGUCCUAGUGGGUAUUACUUAUUAUCCCUCUCUUUUCUAUUUCUGGCUUGUUCACUUCAGGGAAAAAAAAAGUUUACCUAAGGCUUUACCUGAAAAGAGAAUGCAAAACCCACUCGUAUUUUCAACUGCAUGUUUCUAGAUUUGAAAUGCCACUUCAUCAAAAGUAAAAAGAAACCCUCCUGUGAUGUCAUUAAAAUUAAGUCAGAAUUAAUUGAAUUGAUCCACUGAAAAUUCAGUGUUAUGAUUCUCAAAAAAAUAAUAAAUUAUUUGAAAAGGUAGCUGUAAGAACUACAGCUCAUUGAAGUUAUGGUGCAGUGAGUCUAUAGGCAAGGCUGUUCAAAAGAAAUCCUGGGAAAGGCACUCAGAGACCCUGAACACAUAGUGGUUAAGAUGCCCACAGUGCAGCCUUUAAAGGAACACUGCCAUGUGGAUUUUUAUGCAUUUUAUAAAUAAUACUUUAAUAAAAAAAAAAUAUAUAUACACUAUAUAUAUAUAUAUAUAUAUAUAUAUAUAUAUUUUUUUUUUAUAAUGCUGCUGAUUUGUAGUUAAUGUCUCAGUCAGUUCCUUACCAUCUUUCUUUUGGCUAUAUGUUACUCAAGCUUACCUUUCGUGGUAUUGGCAGUCCCCAAUUUUGUCCCACUCUCUGCAGACACUUAUGCAGGCAAUGCUUCACUGCUCCGUUUUGGCAUGUGUGGAGGUCUGUUUGGGAGAGUAAAAUGCAACGAUUAGUGGAAGGCAACAGUGUUUGCCAGUCAUUGUCCUGUAUAGUACAGAUGCUUAAUGUAACUGUACUUACUGUAUGCCCACAUACGUGACUGACCAGCACAAAAACAUUUUUAUAAAGUAGAAACUUAAUUUAUUAUAUAUAUAUAUAUAUUGCAAUGUGUCAUUUUGCUAUGGGGGUUAGCAAGCCAUUAUAAACCUAUUUUUUAUUAUUGUUAUAACUUUCUUUGUUACUCCUCAUAAAAAUAUAAUGUAAACUACAUUCCUAUAAAUAUUUAAUUAUUUUGUUUAGAUACUGAAGAUGCCAGCGAAACAGACCUUGCAAAGCAUGACAAUGUGGACUAUGUGGAAAUGAAAGAACAGUAUGUAUUAAACACUGCAGUGCUGUGUCUUAUAUAAAACUUUUCAAAAGGAUUGCGCUCAGAUGUACUACAUGCAAAAAGGCAUGAGGUCCAUAUUUUUAUUAAAGUAUUUUAACCCCUUAAGGACACGUGACAUGUCAUGAUUCCCUUUUAUUCCAGAAGUUUGGUCCUUAGGGUGUUAAAGGACCACUAUAGGCACCCAGACCACUUCAGCUUAAUGAAGUGUUCUGGGUGCCAGGUCCAGCUAGUAUUAACCCUUUCUUCUAUAAAUAUGUUUAUAAUAGGGUUAAUCCAGCCUCUAGUGGCUCUCUCAUUGACAGCCGCUAGAGGCGCUUCCGCGCUUCUCACUGUGAUUUUCACAGUGAGAAGACGCCAGCGUCCAUAGGAAAGUAUUCUGAAUGUGCGUGCGGCUCGUGCCGCGCAUGGCAUUCAGCUGAUGACGACAAGGAGGAGGAGAGUCCCCCGCCCGGCGCGGGAAAAAGAGGUAAAUUUAACCCCUUCCAUCCCCUAGAGCCCGGCGGGAGGGGAGCCCUGAGGGUGGGGGGGACCUAGAAACCCUAUAGAGCAAGUAUGUUUUACUGGCACUAUAGUGGUCCUUUAAGGACCAAACUUCUGGAAUAGAAGGGAAUCAUGAUAUGUCACACAUGUCAUGUUUCCUUAAGGGGUUAAAGGUACACUCCCGACACCUAAAGCAUUUUAGCUGGUUGAAAUUCUUUUGGACUUAACAUGAUGUCUACUUUGUGCCAAUUUAUACAAGUGCUCAAGACAAACCUGCACUUUUUGUGAAUGCAUUUAGGAAAAUCCCCUAGCCGUUAAACUGACGGAAAGAUUUACUUCCUAAUUUCCCAUGUGAAACAUUCUGUUGGCUAAUAACUGCAUUUUGUUGGUGCAUUUGUGGCAGUUUCUGCACAUGUGCCAAUUUUGGCCAGACAAAGAUUUCCAGGGGCAGAGCAACAAAAAAAAACCAUAAACCAUAAAAUGUGUGAUUUGCCUGAAAUCUAAAAAAAAAACACCCUGUACUUUAAAACCGAAUAUUGUUUUUUAACAUUGGAAUGUUUCCACAUAUUGGUAAGUUUAUUUUGUAGGUUUUACACAAAAAAGAGCUGAAUUCCAUGGGACCUGCUGGACUAGGCUCUUGGUCCAACUGCCAGACCCAGUGACACAACACUGGGCUACUGUACUGACAGUUGUACUCCAACUUUAGAAUAAAGUAUAGUAAGCAUCUGUCAUUGUCUAGUUUGGUAGCUUCUUGUUAGCACCUUGCUAUCCCACACAGCCUUACGAUUUACAGUAUUAUCAAAUGUGAACAUAUUGUUUAUUCUAAUUAUUUUUAGGUUUUGUUUUUACAACCAAAAACAAAACCUAAAAAUAACAACCAAAUUAAUAAAACCUACUCUACAAAAAUGGAUGCAACUCAAGAGUGGUAUUUUCAAAUCUCGUUUAGAAUGCAUAGAUAAUGUAAUUUUAUAAUGCGUAAAGUGUACGUUGUGAAAGCAUUUCAUUUGCAAAAUAUCUUUUCACAGGAUGUAUCAGGACAAACUGGCAUCUCUCAAGAGACAGUUACAACAACUUCAGGAAGGUAAGAUUGUUAUCAGGCGUUUAGGUGAAGUACAAUUAAGGAAAGAUCAUUUGAAGUGACUUAUGUACUUUGUAAGUUUACUUCCAUAAAUUUAAAAUUACCCUUCAAUCAAAGGGUUAAACCUGUGCCAGUGCAUAUAAGACACAGUUUGAGAUUUUUGUAACACAGAAGAAAAUGCGACAGAAAUUUUGAAGACAAACCAACAAUUGCAAAUGUAUGCAUAUCCCAGUUUAAGCAGCACUGGUUACAAGAUCUGCUUUUGUGUAACCUCCCUGGUUUCAGUUGUCAGGAUUGUAUUUCUGUGCAGAGAGUAGCAUAUGGUUUGUAAUACACUGACUGUCUUGAUUAAUAAUUUCUAACAGAAUACAGAGGGUGUGUUCACUAAUGAAGUUUGGAACUUCUCUUGUAAACAGGCACGCACCAAGAGUACCAGAAACGCAUGAAAAAGCUAGAUCAACAAUACAAAGAGAGAUUACGAAAUGCUGGUAAGUGGAAUUACAAUUAGAUUUUGUAGUAAAUCCUGACUUGGAGAGAUGUGCUAGGACUUGGAUCGCAGUUUUGGUGUGGUUGGUUAUGAUUGUGUUUAAUGCAUAACAUUGAAUGAUUCCGCAAUAUUUCUUAACGUGACAACAAUAAUACCAGAGAAAUGUGAGUGGUCAUGUGUAGACAAUCAUAUUUACCAUAUAAUGUUAUACCAUGGUCUUUUCUGACAAAUGAUACCAUGAUUGCCAUACAUGCGCUGUUGCUAGAGAAAUUUGGCUUCCUAAAGAUUGUCUGAGCAUUAUGGCAAAUACUGAUCUCAAGCAUCCAUCGCACCAAAUAUAGCGUUUAAGAGUUUAAUAAAUCACUGGUUUUGGUUAGAAUAUCCAUUCAUAUCAUCUUAUACGUGUGUGUGUGAUUCUUUGUUGAACUAAUUUGCAUAAGCCCAGCCAGAAUUCAUUGCAGUAGUAACAUCACUGCAAAUUUGACAUUUCUGUGGGAAAAACAAGUCUUAUGACUUGACUGGUGUGCAGAUCUGUGUUUAACAAUGUAUUGACUACACACACUCACUCACUCUCUCUUUCAAAAUCAAAACAAUACUUAAGGCUAUCUCUGUUCCAAGGCCAAGUUCUCCACUUAGUCUGACCAUUCUCUGCUGAUGUCACUCUCCCUUGCUGGAAAAGGAGGGAUGUGGGAGGAGGACAUGAGUGGGGGGAAUGGGCAUGCCGCCAUUGGACCUGUCACCAACUUGCAUGCUGAUAUUCGAUUUCUAGUAUAUACACAACUGGCAUUAGCCUGCCCAGAACUCUUAGUCAGGCCUGGCUAAUGAUGCCUCAAUGACGCUUCUGGGGUGGAGUUACCCAUCCAGCAGCAAAGGGGUUAUAAUCUGUACGUGCAUAACAAAACUCUGCAUAUGCAAACUUGAGGUACCAUGAUUACUUCAAAUCAUUGAAGUUGUCGUGGUGCCUAGAGUAGCCCUUUAAAUGGUAGUAUGUUGAACAUGGUGUAGUAGGGGCUUCAAAGCAUUGCUUAUGUUUACCCAAUGUCUCUGUAGAGGGAGAUUGUUCUCAGAAUCAUAAUAGGUAUUAGAUCUGUUUAAAGCUAGCAACAUAUUUUUUUCUUUAUAACUAUAUGUAUUUGAGUACGUUUAGCAACAACAAAACAUGUUUGCAUUUACUACAAUCUUUCCAUCUUGCGGUGGCCUUUUUAAAUAUGCUGCAUGUUGCAUAUCUUGAUCUAGGCAGGAUUUGAUCACAGCACCGCUCUUAGCUUGUACCCAGUGUAUAGAUGUAGCUAAGAGAAUGACUAGGUUUUCUCUUGAGAAUGAUUCCAUCUCUGGUUUUAAUGCAUAGACCUCUGUGGGUUUUAAAGAAGGUUGUGUCAUUGUGCCUGUCUCUGUAUAGCUCAUAUUUAUCUAAUUAGUGCUUGUUGGAAUUUUUUGUAUCAUGUCAAUCUUAUAUUCUAUUUGCUUCUUUAAAUUUGUAGUAUUUUCUCAUCAAAUUAAUUAUUGUUUUACAAUUUAUUUUUUAGAACUUUUCCUGCAGCUUGAAGUAAGUAAAUGUUUGUUGCUUGUUACAUAUUUAAUGCCCUAUAGCGUGUGUAGUAUUAAUAAUUAUGGGGAGCAGAGGUAUGCAGUCUUACUCCCAACUCCUCGUAUAAUAAAUGUUUUUCUUGCCAUUUUAAUAAGUUGCAAAUAAGAGAAAUCCGUAUUGCAUUGUGACUGUUGGAAGUAUUUUGAAACUCACUUUAGGUAUUGUAAUAGUGUCAUUAAAAAGACAAUCCGAUGACCAAAAUUGAAAUGUUAAUGAAGUGAUUUUCUGACACAGGUGCUGCCUUUGCGGCCUUGAUGUUGUAAACGGUGACAACUGUGACUUUCAGACAGACCGCUUGUAAGGGCACUAGAAUGAAGUAGAUUAAACAUUUCUGUGGGCUUUUUUUUUCUUUUCUUAUUUUAUGUGUAAAAAUAAAAUAAAAAAUUAUGGGUUGUCAUAAUAUUAGAACAUAGCCAUGCAUUAUAAAAUAUUUACCCAGAGCCAAGACUUCUUUGAAGUCUUCAGCACCUAAAAUUGAUUUAUUUUUUUUGCAAUGCAUAGACUGAGCAAGUGGAAAGGAACUACAUUAAGGAAAAGAAAGCAGCUGUAAAAGAAUUUGAAGAUAAGAAGGUUGAGCUGAAGGAGAAUCUGAUUGCGGAGUUGGAAGAAAAGAAAAAAAUGAUUGAAAAUGAGAAAUUAACCAUGGAAUUGACAGGCGGUAUGCUUCACACUGGAUUAAGAUAUUAUUUUUGUGGCAGUUUUAUUGACCAUUUAUUUAUUAUAGUGUUCUGCUUAGAAUGCAUCUACUCUAAAUUAUUGGGACAUUAUAUAUAUAUUCUCUUUCCAGAAUUAACAUGGCUUCUUGUGAUGUAGUAUUACCCCUCAUCACCUCAGAAAAGCACCUCCUUUUUUAUCAAAAUAUUGCACACUACAUUUUUUUAAUUCUCUGAUAGGUAUUUUACUGGUGAUUUUGUGCAAAGGUAAAAAAAAAGUAUAUUGAAAUGUUAUUUUUUUUUGUACAUAAAUUGUUGAUAACAUACAUUUUUGAGAGAUUUAUCAUAUUAUUGUUAGAGAUCUCUAUAGCUGUACCUGAACAUUUUCCCAUACCAUGGAAACGGGUAAAAUAAAAUAACGGUGAAUGCACAUGGGUAUCCUGUUAAAUAAAUUAUUACACAUUGAGGCCUAUGACAGAGAGCUCUUGGGAUCUCUAAAUUUACCCUAUAUCCCUGCAUGCCCAAGAGUGCAAAGCAAGGGGUCUGUAUGCUAUUGAAAGACUGCAAGCAUCCACUUUAGGAAAAAACUAAAAAGAGCUGGUUUAAUUACCCCCUUUGCAUACUCUUGCACUUAUCUUUCCUAUGACACAUUGCUUUUGUUUUUUUUUUUUGCUAAAAGGAUUUAGGUUACUGGAAGCAUUUUUGAGCUACGACAGUUAAGACUCGUGAUGUUUUCAGCGUGUUUUUUGUGUCUCAAACUCAAGGACUGACCCUUAUACCAAUCAUCGUUUUCUUUAAAAUAUUAAGGUUAUGCCCAGAGCUCAUGUAAUUCUUUAAUAAUUGAAAAUGGCUGGUUAGAUAAGAAAAGAACUUGUUCUCAUCUCAGUGUAUGGUAUUUUAGAAUAUCCUCAGCCUGUGUCACCAUUAAGACUCCUUAAAGGGACACUACAGUCACCAGAACAACUACAGCUUAAUUUUGUUUUUCUGGUGAGCGUAAUAGCUCCCUUCAGGCAUUUUAAUGUAAACAGAGAAAAGACCGUGUUUACAUUGCCCCUAGGGACAGCACCAAGUGGCCACUCCUUAGAUGGCCACUGGAGGGGCUUCCUGGCUCGGGGAUGCACAGUAAGCAGCCCUGCUGUUCAGCGUCCCCACGCUUUGAAUGGGGACACUGAAUUUUCCUCAUAGAGAUGCAUUGGUUCAAUGCAUCUCUAUGAGGAGGUGCUGAUUGGCCAAAACGGCGUUUGGCCACGCUCCUUGCCAAUUUUGAUGUCAUCAAGGGGGUGGGGCCAGCGCCGGCGGACCUGUGGAGAGCUGAAAAUAAGGUGAGUUUUAACCCAUUCUGAAGGGGUAAUGGGGGGGUUGGGGGGGGGGAGGGAAGGCAAGCCACCUAAAUGGUGGAUUUUCACUAUAGGGUCAGUAAUACAUGUUUGUGUUCCUGACCCUAUAGUGAUCCUUUAAGCCCUUAAGGACACAUGACAUGUGUGACUUGUCAUGAUUCCCUUUUAUUUCAGAAGUUUGGUCCUUAAGGGGUUAACCUAAUGUUGCAUUUUAUAGUACAGAAUGUUAGUUUCUAAUGUAUCUUUAUUUACAGAUUCCAUGGAAGUUAAACCUAUCAUGACACGCAAGUUGCGUCGACGACCCAAUGAUCCAGUCCCAAUUCCAGACAAGAGGAGAAAACCUGCUCCUGAUAUCCUUUAUGUAACCAGAAACUAAUUAUAUGUGGGUGUCGAGUAAUUCAGUGAUGGUAAUUUGUAUGUAGAAAAUAAAAUCAUAAGAUCUCAGAAGUAUGAAGUGGAUCCUAAACACAUUGCUGAGAAUAAGUAGGACAUAGGUUAAUAGUACUUUGCGCUCUAAGGCUGCUUACCUGUGUAGAUGCCUGGAGUGGGAAGUGAUUGCUGCCCUCCCUCAAAUCCUAGCUCCCUUUCAGCAAUUGUACAUUUAUUUAUUUUUUUAAAUCACAUAGGUUAUGCAUUCCUAGACACACCUUCCCUGGCUGUGACUGCUACAGUAACCUACCUUUGAUGGUGGUGAUUGGCUAAAAGUGCUAGGCUAACCCAAGCACCGCUCUCUCAGACAAUCCGUGCCGUCCAAGUAGGGCGAUAUUGAUAAUGCAGUAGUGUUAACUAUACAAUGAGAUGAGGGUGGUUGUUAGGUGCGGAGAUGAGCCCUGGUGUAUAUUAUACAGUACCUGAACAGUUUGAUAUGAAAUUGGGAAACAGUGCUAGGGUAAUCAAGAUUACAUAACAAGUACAGCAAACAGAUUACCACAUCAUUUACCCACAGUUCUCGUACUGUCUGAUUUGUUAUGGAUUGUUGAUUUGAAAAGUAAGCAAUCCUUGCCUUCUCUAUACUGAAAGUAUAAACAGGUUCUUACUGCAAAGGAGCCGUACAUGCAGAUUGUUUUUGUUGUUUGUAAUUCAGCUUUCCUUAAUUUGCUGCACCUCAGCUUAAUUACUUGUUGACUGAUGAACAAAUCAUGGAAGACUUGAGGACACUAAACAAAGUAAGAUUAAAUGUGUUCAUUCAUUUACAUCAAUGUAAAGCAGAACUGGUUUCUAGUUUGAGUACAUUGUAAUGUAGCUAGAAAACACAUGUUAAGUUUCUAACAAAAUGCAUUACCUAGGGCAUUAGUGAAUGAAUAGGUACACAUUAGGUCCUUGCAUAUGUUGAUGGCCAGAAAUAUACACUUGUGCGUUCCUAAUGCUUUAAAAAAAAAAAAAAAAAUCUGAGAGAAGCAAUACCAAAUCCAGAAAUCAUGACGUGAUGCAUUUUAGCCUAUUUAGUGAUGUAAUGUACUAAUGUGUUGCUUAGAGCUUUGUGCAGACACAAUUUAAUGUACUACUCUGAAUAUAUAAUAAAAAAAGAGCAACAGUAACUUACGUAUAUCCGUCUUUAUCUCAUUAUCCAUAAUUUUAAUUGUGAUUAAGUCCGAAUACAUUUUUGGUUUCUGGUUUUCAUUUAAGAGCCUUUCUCUAAAAUGCAGACUUUUUGCAGGCAAUUUGCAAAACCUUAACAUGUAACAUUUUUGUGUGUAGUGUCUUAUAGAAGACCUACAAAGGCAUUUAUGAACCUUUAAAAAGGUAAUUGUUCACCCAGUGUAUUUUAAUGAUGAUGUCAACUGUGUUUCCACCAAGCUGCAACACAAAGCUGAAUUUCAUAAAAUUGUUGCUUAUUAGUUUAUUUUCUUUACAGAUUGACAGUGUUGGUUUUUUUUCUUGUAAAGGGACACUCAAGGCUGUAGGUAUCCUCCACUUAAUGGCUAAUGUCUAUAAUGCUUAAUAAGGAAAAGUCCAAAAUAUAUUUACUUGUAUUGUUUGUUUGUUUUAAUAUCCUUUAUUUAGAGCAAAUGCCCAGGAUCUUCUAUUUCUGACACCAAUUGUUGCCCUUCCUAUGCUUUCAAUAUAUCACAUGAGCCACAGAACCUCUAUAACAGUCAAUUAUUCAUUUAUUUUGUGGUGAUGCUAUCAUUAGUGUAAUCCAGCUAUUGGGUUCAUAUUGAUGGACCUCUCUCAUGAAUAAUGGUUAGUUGCAUGAGUAGAUAAAUACCUAACUCCAAAAUAUGCUUCUAUUGUAUAAAGUGACACAAAUGGAGAUGAUACAAUUAGUUAAAAAGUCAAGUAAAAUUGCAGGAAAACUUUUUUUCUAGGGUUAAGAUGCAUUUUCACAAACUCUAGGAGACAUCAGCAAGUGCCAUUGUGCCUUUCACCAUCAUAGACAUUGAUUAAUUGGCAUACAUAACACACUGUCAGAAUUAUGAAAAAGCCCUACAAUUUUCAUUGGUUGUUGAUGAAAAUUUGAAUAGUUUGCCAUGUUUUAACAAUAUAUUUUAAACUUUACUUGACAAAUUAUGGGCAAACAAGAGACCUUAGUGUAUAUUGUGGUGUGACCUAAACCUGGCCUGAAGACUUCCACAGUACUUUUUAUUUGCAGGACCUAUAUGUGAUGUUUCAGUCACAGUAUACUGGUUAAUUAGGUGUUUACAUUUUUAAUUCUUACUCUUGUCUAAUUAGAUUUUUGUUGCUCUGAGACCCUACUCUGAUAUGUAAUGUCCUAGCUGUCAUCAGUAACAAUGGUUCUGUACAGCUUCUGAUAAAUGUAUAGUACAUGCUAGCAUAAGUUCUUUUAAGAACCAGAAAAUGAUGGUGAUAUUCUUCCAUAAAUUGGAAUUCAGAUAAAUUUUAAAUUCUCGGCUGAAGCAACUGAACUGACUGGCUAUAUUAAACAUGAAAUUGAAUAAACAUUUUUUUAGUCAUUAGUCCUUAAACACUGUUUCUCUCUGCAAUUUCUCCUGCUGUUUUUAUAUAUAUAUAAUUUUUUUUUUUCCUUUCAGUCAGUUUACACUAGUAUCUGAUCUUGCUUUACAAGCACUUAUGUAAUCAUAUAUUUUCAUGGUAACUUAGAUCAUAGAGUUAUAUACCACGUGUCCCAUUUGUUCUCUCAAAAUAUGCUUACAUUUAUGUUUUUCUUAUUUAUUUUCACCUUUCUUGCAGUUAAAAUCUCCAAAGAGGCCUGGUAAGUUGCAUCUACAAUACGAGGGUGAUGUUGAUAACUUGAAAUGUGAUGGAUAUUAUAAGCACUUCUAAGAGGUUGCAUACAUAACAGGUUUUAAUAAUGUAUAUAAAUCAAAACUCCCAGAAUCCUUUGAAUGCAAUAAAUUGGCAUAUAAUCUUUACAAUUGUAGUUCAAUAACAUUGGGUGGGAGUAAUUGCCUGAUUUAAAAUGGAUAUAAUUGGAUAAAACUAUUUUGUCUGUGAUUUAUUUUUUAUUUUUUUCUUUGCAGCAAGUCAAACUAAAUUGAAAUACGUUUAAAUUGAUUUAAUCUUGGCAUUUUAAUCACAUUUCUUACAAUAAUUUUCUAUAUAUAUAUAGGUACCUUGAUAAAGACCCAGUAGGGUUGAAACGUUGAUGCAAUUAUAUUGAAAUAUAUUGACAAAGUCUUGUCUUGAUCUUUUUUAAAUUUAGCGCGGGGAAGCACCCAGGUCAUCGAUAUAUCGACAUCUUAGCAUGUGACUCGCAUAGCCUGCCUAACCACUCCCUGUAAAGAGAACUUUUAGACUUCUUUUUUUGCACAUUGUAGUUGAUUUAGAAUUUAUAUUCUCCUGAUCUGUUAAUGGCCUUCUAUGCCCUGCAUAAAUCUCCUGUGUGUGUUUUAAAGUUCAAUUUACAGAGCAGAAGAUAAAAGAAAUUGAAAAGCAAGUUAAGACCUGAUUAAGAAUGAAAACAUAUACGUGCAGGGAGUGUGAGUCACAGCCAGGGGAGGUGUGGCUAGGGUUGCACAAAAAGAAACACAAGUGAUUUAACUACUAAAUGGCAGAGAGUUGAGCAGUGACAAUGCAGGGGCAUGAUCUAUACAGUAAGAAAGCUAGUCAUUUUUCUCAUUAAAUUACCUCUCAGAAUAAUUCAGGCAGCCUCUGAAAACUGCAUUUUUUUUUUUAAACAGUAAACAAUCCUGAUCAUUUUGACACUUUUUAGGGCAGCCAUUUUAUCACCAAAGCAUUCUAAUUGGAGUGAUGUUAGACAGUAUACAACAUUACAUUUAUUACCAGACCUUUAAUAAAAACAAAAUACAGGUUUGUUGGUACACCGUGUGCAAUUGUCCCACAAAGCCAAUGCUGUGUAUGGUCUUGCUGGUUCCAAGUGCUUCAUACAGUAUUACAAAAGUAUUAAGGAGAACAAAAGGGGGAUGCAUUUCACAAAUUUGAGAUUUAUCUCCGUCUCAGGAUUUUAUAGUACUAAUUUGCAUUUAAAGAACGCUUACUGUGAAUUUGCUGUAACAUUUUCAUAGACUUCUAUUCUGAUAACUGUUUUAGAUUAAAUGAUAUAGAGAGACAUCUUAAUGGAUUUAUAACUUUACUGUGUUUCUCCACUUCAGUAUCCCCAUCAACCCCAGAGCAUCUUCCAGCCACACAAAUUGAAUCACCUGCCCAGCGUUUUGAGGCACGAAUAGAAGAAGGGAAACUCUACUAUGAUAAGAGAUGGUAUGUUGUAUUGUGUGAUGAAAUCCAUGCACUAUAAAGUGUUUUUACACCUUCCUUAAGAGACUUUGGAAAAUGAGCAGAACACAUUUUUGCAUCAUCUGUGAUAUGUUAGAACAUUUUGUCAGAUGACUAAAAAAUUUAGAUGGAGUAGACACUUUCUUCACAUGGAUAUAUUUUAGGUGGUAAAGAUUUGCAAUAUUUUUCUUCAUUUGCCCAAGUGGAAAUUAAAAUUCCUCAAAAUGCAAACUGGUAAUCUUUCUUACCUUAUCUUCCAACUGUGAACAGUUUAUGCAUCUGUCACAGAACCAGAAUUAGGUAACACAAUGAUAUUGACUUGGGUCCACAACCGAUAUUAUCUAGAAGUGCAUUAUUACUUGAGGUACACAUAAUUAUGUUUUAAUGUUAUUCCUUGUCCAGUUUUUACUCUUGGAACAAAGGUAUUUCAUUUAAUGAAAACAUUGUGCAAAAUUUAAAAUGUUCCACCUAAGAUCGGGUUAACCUACUUCAACUUUUGGUAUAAAGCUAAAUUGUACAAUCCAGAAAAGCAUUUAGAUGGAUUUAUUGAGAUCUCUCUGGUGUGAUACAUGACAUGUUGGAUCUUUUAAUUAGAUUUAAGCUAAUUUUCUCUUUAAUUUUAUCUCAUGGUUUUAGUUUAAAACUGAAAUCCAAUAUAAUUGCAUUUGUAAGUUAUGUGUACAGGUGUAUUAUUGUCAUGUAAGUUGUGAUAGUUUGUGUAGCUAGAUGGACCCAGUACAAACCAGUAUUAUAGUUAGCUGAACAUUAAAGUAGUUCCAUGUGAGAGAGAAAAAAGUAUUAGGGUAUUUGUGACACCAGCAUUUAGUUAUUUUAACAUAAAGGUUUAUUGAAUUUAAUGGCUCUUAAAUUUAAAUACAUUGCAUUAGCAUCUUCAUUUGGCUCUCCCCAGGUUUUGAUAGGGCUCCAUUGCACUGGGGAAGGCAACACAAAAAUGUAAGGAAAACAAUAGCUAAGCAGUUUAAAUAAAUCACUAGACAUUAGUUUGACACAAAACACUGCUUAUUUUAUUUUGUCAACACUAUACACUUUUUUGUUGUUGUUGUUGUUACAUUUUAAAGACACAUUUUAUACUGCACACUGAUUCUGUUUAGAGACUUUUACAUUUUCUUUAUUAGCACGUCAAAACCUAACAAGCAAGGUUUUCUGCAGUUGUAUGCUACAAUACAUGACUCCAGUUUUCUACUUUCCAGUCUCAGACAAGUGACAUUUCAGUCCCAAAAUGUUAGAGAUUCAUCAGGUUAGGGUAUCAUAGAACCUCCAGGCUUGCAGUGGCAAGUAACUCUUAGGCCUGUCUAGGAGUAUAGGUCAUGACAUUUUAAGCCUUUCUACAAAUCUACUAAUUCGGUUUUAUACUAGACUUCAAGAAUAGACUAUGUAGUAUCAGUGGAUAUUACGUUAUUAUGGUAUAAACACUUCUUAAGUGUGUUUUCAUAAAACUGUAGAGACAAAAUCUCUCUAUGAUUUAUGAUUCCAGAUUAAUAAAAUUGUUAAAUAUAAAAAGCUAAUACCUGUAUUUGUUAUGAAUGUUUUACGGAACUGUUCCACAAGGUGGCAAUGUGCAUUCAGUAGUGUAGCUCUCUGUAGUUAACAAAAGGAAAACCUUUAUUCACAAAUUUAAAUUUCAUGGGAAUAGCACAAUGAGAAUCCACAGACACAUUUAUCAGACUCUCUAUUUGGGAAUAUUUAAUUGUUGAUUCACAGAGAAUCAACAUACCAUGAGCAAUGACUAUAGGUUGUAACCUCAGUGAUUUGCAUCUCACUUUAUUGAGAAGAUCGACCAAAUUAUAAAUGCAGUCUCCCUUCUUUCCUCUUCCCCUCCAAUAAUCGACUUCCAUUCUGUACCUUCAUCCACUUUUUACUCCUUUCCCCCUGUCUUGGAGCAGGAGGUCUCCAAACUUCUCAUGUCCUCUAGCCCAGGCACAUGCCCUCUUGAUCCUCUCCCCUCCCAUCUUGUACAGUCUCUUUCCCCUAGUCUGAUUCCAUCUCUAAUGCAUAUUUUCAACCUCUUUAUCUACUGGUAUUUUCCUCCUUUUUCCCUCAAAUACGUAAUUGCUAAACCCAUCCUGAAAAAGCCAUCUCCAGAUCCUACCUCUCCUUCUAACUAUUAUCCAAUAUCACUACUCACCUUUACUUCUAAGCUUCUUGAGUGGGAUGUUUUAACCUGUCUAACUCACUUUCUCAAUACUAACUACCUACUUGACCCUCUUCAAUCUGGCUUCCGCUUCCUCUAUUCUACUGAAACUGCCCUUACCAAAAUUACUAAUGACUUAAUUCCUUCUAAAUCUAAAGGUCAUUACUCUCACUUAAUUAUCCUGUACCUCUCUGCUGCCUUUGAUAGUGUUGUCCACUCUCUUCUUCUUGAAACCCUUCACAAUUUAGGACUUAACGACAUUGUGCUUCUGUGGUUUUUAUCCUAUCUUUCUGAACAAUCAUUUAGUGUCUCUUGCUCAGGUGCCACCUCCUCACCACUGCCUGUCUGUUAGUAUUCCCCAAGGUUCUGUUCUUGGUCCUCUUAUAUUCUCUCAUCUGCAUUGCAUUUCUCAGUAUUAACUCUUUUGGAUUUCAUUAUAAUCUGUAUGUUGACGAUACACAGAUUAACCUCUUCUCCCCUGACCUCUCUCCGGUGCUUCUGGAGAGAUACCCGCAUUGCUUCUCUUCAGUUUGUAAGGAGUCAGGUUCAUCUUCCAGACUAUAAAAAGAAAGGGAAAAAAAAAGUUACUUGUGCACUAUCCCAAUCUCAUCUUCCUGACUGACCGCUAUUCAUACACCUCAUCGCUUUGCCAUCCAUUAAAUUGACUUCCUGUAACUUUCAGGAUCCAAUUCAAACUGCUAACACUAGCCUGCAAAGCCCACAGUAAUUCCACUCCUCACUAAAUAUCCUAUUUACUCAACAGAUAUCCCCCCCCCCCUUUUUUUUUUUUUGUUCCCUUUACUUUGUAAAUGACCAUCUCCUGAUAAUUGCUUGUACCCACACUGCCGACUCUGAUCUGCUGGAUUUUUCAAGGGCUUCCCUGUGUCUUUGAAAUUCAUUACCCCGUGCCAUCAGAUUCUCCCUUAGUCUCCAGGGCUUCAAGAAGUCACUAAAAGCACACAUCUUCAUGAAAGCUUACCAUCUUAGUGGGUGACACUUCUCUCAUUUCACUGCUCAGUGGGUUGUUCAUUUUGUUUAAUGUUCAAUACGUUCAAGUGAUGACAUGACCUUAUUAAACAUUGUAAAAAGAAAAAAAAUAAUACAUCCAGGAGUGGUUAGCGCUUCCAGUGUGUGUGUGAGAAACCUGGAAGAGAUGUGAGAGCAUAAGUUGUCAUAAGGGGAAAAAAUUUUUUUUUUUCUUUUUAGAUAACAAUACUUUCACAGAGCAAAGGUUAGAAGUAUUAAAUCCCCUUUGGUUAGAUGCACUGUUUAUCCAUCCAAGACCAUCCAAUUAAAUAGUGAACAUUUGUGGCUCUGAACAUCAUGCACAAGCACUGGGUAUCUCAAAAAUGCUCUUGGAGAUUGUUUCAGCCGUGUGAACCGUCAAGGUAUUCAGUUGACUAAAUGGUGCAAUUAACAAAUGGGGACUUAAAUCUGGCAUUUGUCACAGAGAAAUGUUGUCUGGAGAGGCAUAGAAAAUAGAUAUUCAUAUCAUAUUUAAAACUUGUGCAUUGCAUUGCAAAAUAAUACACAUGAGGGAGGCUAUAAUACAUGUAAUCUUUUAUAUCACAUCAACCAGACUGGCUUAAAAUAUCAAGACGGGCCUAAAAGUUACUCGACAAAUUGUGCCAAACAAAUUGGCUUCUUCUGUUGUGUUAAGCCUCUUGUACAAUCUUACAGAAUGGACUAUUUAAUGGAGCAUGUACAACAUUAUCUCUGUUGUGUAACUUAACAAAAUGUUCAUAAUCAUUCAUUAUCAUCCAUUUUGCACAUGAAAGUAUGUGACCUAUAUAUUAAAAUAAUAACAUAAUUUAACUUAAAGGGAUGCUAUUGUCACCAGAACCUUCUGCAGCUUAAUGUAGAGAUGUGUCUAUAGUAUGUCCCUGCAGGUUUUUUAAUGUAAACUCUGCCUUUUCUUUUCUACCUAGGAACAUUUCUAGUGGCAGUCUUUUAGAUGGUCACUAGAGAUGUUUCCCAGCUAAGUUCUGCACAGUGUGCAGCACUGGUGUUCAGUGUCUGCACGCUCUGCAUUAAGGUGCUGUACAUUCCAUGUAGAGAUAGAUUGAUUUAAUGCAACUCUAUGAGGAGAUACUGAUACAGCACAUUUUGCUGUGCAUGCGCAAUAGCUUUCCAAUGGGAAAGCAUUGGAUUGACAGAGAUCAUCAAGUUUGAUAAUCUCAGCCAUGGUAGCAAAGCCAGCUGUGGCAGGACCAGCAUGGGAAAAACUUGGUUUUAAAGUGAAACUCAUCACAACAAGACUAACUAAAUUGAAUUCCCCAUAGGGACCACAGCUAGAUUGUUUUUUGUUUUGUUUUUUAGGUUUUUAAAAUACUUUAUAUGUGUGUCUUAAUUCAUAAUCCUACACUAUAUAACAAAAAAAGUAGCCACCAGUUAUUAAAUAUAAAAUAUGUGUAUCAGAAACCCCAACAGUAGUAAAAUUGCACUUGAAAAUAAACAGCCUUGUGUAUUGCAUGUUAAAUACUCCUACAGAAAAUGUAUUGAAUAGAUAAUGCAUACUGUCUUAUGUUUUUUUAAUUUUUGCCAACAUUUCUUUGAAAACACUUUUAUGAUUGUAUGUUUUGCUACAAUAAACCAGAAUUAUAGUAAAGUAACUGGUAGCUGCUGAACUUGAACAGCAUAAAUGUGCUUUUUUUUUUUUAUUUUAUUUUUUUUAACAUGCUGAAUCUUGCUUCCUCUUCUUCACCUCUUCAUCUCUUUUCCCCUUAAGGUACCACAAGAGUCAGGCGAUAUAUCUUGAGUCAAAGGACAUUUCAAAACUCAGCUGUGUCAUCAGUUCUGUAGGAACCAAUGAGGUGAGGGCAUACAUUUUUUUUACAGUAAAUAAAAAAUAUGCCGUUUCAUCUAUUAAUGCACAGCUACACACGUAAAUGUCUUGUUAUAAUGUGCUGCACUAGUUUAAUCAUGGUACCCAGAUUAGUCUGCAAGAAACAAACAACUAUUAAGUAAUCCACAUUACUCAAACAUCAUAACUGUAAUCUUUAUUAUUAAACAGAAAUGUCACAGCAAUCAUUGUUAAGGUUUAAAGUGGUAAUGACCUAUAGAUAACUCCCUUGGUAUUUUACCAACGUAACAUUUUUUUAUUUGUGUGACCUAAUUGGAGGCACUCAAAGCAUCACAAUCUUAUACUUAUUUUGCAGGAAUUGGUACGUGGCACCUAGGUAAAAUAUCAAACCAUUAUUAAACGGUUUGACUACUUACUGUGGCAACAUAUCCAUUACAGUGUAUUGUGGAGUUAUGGUGCUUGGAGUGCUCCUUUACGGUACAUGUGUCCCCUUAUCUCCAGAUUGUUAGUACAUCCAUAAAAAAGUAAAAUAGGCUAUCCGAUCUUAUUGUUUUAUGCAAUCCCCCACUACGUAGUGAUAUAGGAAAGGUCCACAUCUGUCAUGUCAUAGUCUCCAGUUUCAAGGAAACCUUGAUCAAAAAUGCUCUUCCCUGUGUUUUAGAGACUGUUUGAAGCAAUUCCUCCAUAUGAUAUAUGUGGGAAUACUUUAUAUCCUUAUUAAAUAUAUAUAUUGGUUAGUUACCACACACUCCAUUAAAACAUGCAGAAGAUAUGAUCAUCGACCAAAUUAAGUUAUUUGCAAACUACACACUGCAUCCUAAAUAAACCAUGCUACUAUAACCGACAAUUGUAAAAUAUGUACUUUACAGGUAAUAACGAACAUAAAAUUACACUGUAUUACUAUCUACAAAAAGCAAUUUAAGGCUAAUAGCCACCCAACUGUCCAGAGUACAAGUCUCUUAAUUCUAUGGAAUGUUUGACAAUAAAACCAAUGUCAAGUGGUUAAAGCUAAGAAAACCUACUAGAGCAGGACAUGCUUUGUGAUUGGGUGUCCUUAAUUAAUCUUCUUCAUUCAACACUUUCAUAGCCUCCACAAAUAUUUUUGCAUUUCUCUUGAUUUUGCAGAUAUGGGUAAGAAAGAGCAGUGACAGCACAAAAAUGAGGAUUUACCUGGGCCAGCUACAAAAGGGCACAUUUGUGAUUCGCAGGCGUUCAGCAGCAUGAAUGCUGCCAGACUUUAACAGGCAAAAUUUUCAAAUAAAGAAACAUCGUCCACAAAGUUGAUGUUCUAUGGUAUUGAACAUCAUGGAUUCAAACCCACAUUUUAUGUUGGGGAACAUUCACUUACUGACUUUGCAAAAAGGUAUCCAAGCAGCUGGUCUAUUUUCCUAGAACACCUUUAGAGUUUGGACGAAUUUUCCUCAAGGCAAAUAUACUCCAUUGGAUUUGGCGGAGACAAUUCUUCACAGUGGGUAGACUCUUCUUGAAGAUAUCAAACCCUGACUUUACUCAGAGAUGCUCUUCAGUAACCACCUUGUCUUACAAAUCAUAAAGCUACACAAACUGUCAUAUAUAUUUCCUGUAGGGAGGUUUGUGUUCCUAAGUCUCAUUGAUCUUUACAAUUGGUUUGGAAAAUGUAAUCUGGUGCUGCUACACACGUUAGCCGUUUAUUUUUAAACAAAAUCACAGCAACAUUAAAAGGUGUGUGUGUGUAUAUCUAGUAGAAAUCAUAGAUGUAUAUUAUAGUUUGUUUUAUAUUAUAUGCUCUUUUUUUAUAAAUGUCUUAGUGCUUCACAUUUCCUAUCCCUAUACACAUUACUGGAACAAGCCUUAGUUUUUAGUUAAAAUGACAAUGAACUAUGGUAUGCUCUUGUGCUUUUACACUCUUUUUGUUAGCUCAUUCAUUACAAUCUCUGCUUCUUAUUACCGUUUGGUACUGAGACAUUUCAGGCCAAUCAGAACAAUGCCUUCAUAGCACAAAAUGUUUUGAUAAGGCUAAACAUCUCAGGAAUUUCAAGGAAACAGAUUUAUUUUUUUUAAUUAUAAUUCUUCUUUUAUCAGUUUCUUCCCAUUUUAACAAUUCUGAUAACCUAGAGGUUCUUGAAAUUUCUGUAGUUCUCACUGUUUAAAGGAACCCUAUAUGAUUAGAUAUUAUUUUUAAUGUCACUGUAUCAGUGUUUUUGCUUUGUUACUGCUUGGAUUUUUUGCAAGAGUCCCUGAGGGAGAAAUACAGUACUUUACUGACAAGCUUGCAUCAACAUGUACGUUCUAGACCCUCUGGUAUUUAAGAGGUAAAUACUGCCUGGGAUAUUAAAUGUUUUAUUUAGUUUUUUUGUUAACAGAAUCUUAUUUGCAUGUGUCAUUGUUUUUCUUGAUGUAUAAAAUACAUGAGCAAUAUUUAAACCAGGUCAUAGUUGGUUUUCUUUUGUCAAAAUACAAAUUUGAAUAUAAGAUUAUAAAGUAAACUAACCCUCUUUAUUAUUAAACAGUGUUGAAUGUUCACUUAUUUUCUUUCUUUAUAAGAAGAGUGGUCAGUUUUCAUACACUUUGAACAGUUACAUUGGCAAUGUAUUACCUAAAUACCUGUACCAUUAAACCAUUAUGGUCAUUUGCUUAACAUUCCAUUCCUUCUAUACACCUGCCUUUCUUCUUGAUUGGUUGUCCAAUUUUCCUCACUGUGUCGAUUUAAUGUGAAAAUGAGAUGCUAUAAUUUUCACUAGGUGGUCAAAGGCGAUGAUUAUGUGCAUGUUAAAUGAAGUACAAC